GUUUAAAGGUAGACCAGGAAGCAAAACAAAACAGAACAACGAAAGUGAAUGUGAAAUGAGUGGUGAAUCGAGCAGUAUUUUGAGUAUAAUGAUUGAUUUAAACAUUUGAAGAAUAUUUAAAAAUAAUGUUGAGGUACCGGGAGACAGAGAAUUCCCCCUUGUUAGAGAGACAGAACUCUUCUGACGUUCGUCGUAGAGUCAAAAUAAAAGCUGCAUGUAUUACAAUAUCGUCGACUCAAAUGUUGGAGAGAGUUGCGUUUUAUGGUGUGUCCGCAAACUUGGUUUUAUUUCUGAAUCAAGAACCACUUCAUUGGCCUGCAGAUGAUGCUGUUCAAACGACUUUUAUUUUCACUGGACUGGCUUACAUGUUUGCUAUUGUUGGUGGCAUACUUGCAGACUCAAUUUUCGGUCGUUUUGUAACAAUCUUGGGAAGUUUUAUUAUAUAUAUAUUAGGAAUGGUACUUCUAACGUUUCUGGGCCACGCAGCUGAAAAUGUCGAGAAUGCUUUUGUAGUUUUGUGUGGUAAAAACAUCGAAUGGGUGAAGAUGAAAUUUAAUAACCCAGGUCCUGUGACGACAGACGCUACUAUGCAUGGUAACUGCAGAACUCCAGUUUACAUUGCUAUCGUAUUAGUAGCUAUAGGAUCUGCCAUGUUUAGAGCAAACAUUUCACCGUUUGGAGGUGAUCAGGUAAAAAAUGAAAGUACAACAGUGAUGAGAGCCUUCUUCAAUUGGUUUUACUGGGCCAUCAACAUCGGUGCAUUUCUAGCCUUAGGUGGUGUAUCCUUCUUACAACAGAACAUAAAUUUCUUUAUUGGUUUUAUGGUGCCCGCAGCUGCACUGGGCCUUUCGAUGAUUUUAUUCAUUUUUGGACGACCGGUUUAUGUAAUAAGAAAGCCAACUGGAAGUGUGUUGGCCAACAUUGGCAGAAUAGUAGCGGAGGCCUUCAGGGGAAGGUCGCGAAGACGGCGUCAUUUUGCCAGACAAGACAGCAACCACAUUCUGAGUCCAUUAGCAAAGCCGUCCUACUUGGAUAUGGCAAAAGUUCGCUAUGGUGGAAGUUUUCAUGAUUCCAUGGUGGAUGAUGUCAAGAGCCUGAGUACCAUCAUUUUAGUGUUUGUCGCCCUCAUUCCAUACUGGAUAGUUUACUUCCAGAUGCAGACGACAUUCUUGUUGCAAGGCCUUCAUAUGAGAGUGACAGUAAAACCUUUAUGUCAUCACCACAACAGGAGUGAAAACACCACCUGCUUAAGUCAUAAAGACAAUUUUAUGUUCCCAGCAGCAUGGCUGACGGUGUUCAAUGUUGUCACAGUCCUGUUUAUGAUCCCCUUGAUGGAGCGCAUCGUCUACCCUUACCUUGAUCGUCGAGGGUGGCACAUCUCCCUCCUUAAGCGCAUCAACAUUGGAAUGGUUUUCGUCAUGUUAGCAGUUAUUUGUGCCGGAGUCUUAGAAAAAUAUCGUCUGCAAAGGUUACGUGUUAGAGGGCCAUGGCUGCAGACGAUUGGCACAACGCAGUACUAUGCUGCUGAUAUGUGGAUUUUUUGGCAGAUACCCCAGUAUACAUUAAUUGGUAUUAGUGAAGUCUUUGCAAGUGUGGCAGGUCUUGAGUUUGCCUACUCGCAGGCUCCUAAGUCCAUGCACAGCCUCAUAAUGGGCCUCUUCUACUUUUCAGGAGGUUUAGGAAACAUUUUUGGAGAACUUCUUUACUCUUUUACAAAUGAAGUGUUUAAUUGGAAAUCCACAAAAGACACAGCCAAUAUUAACUAUGCAAAAUUAUCAUAUUAUUUUUUCCUUCUGGCUGGAAUUCAGUUCCUCACUAUAGUGAUUUUUAGUCUUGUGUCUCGAGCGUAUGAAGCAAAAGAAAAGAAAGAGAAGCAAGGACCUAUUGCCAUCCAACGGAGUGUCACACCACCAAUGGAUUAGGCUUUCUGCCAACAUCUGGCAUACAUCAUAUUUACCAGAGGAGUGGUUGCUUUACUGUGAUGGCAGUAAAUACAGAAGAGGCAUCAGGCUCUACAGGUUUAAAUGCAAAUAGAAUUUCUAUCUUCCAAAUGGCAUCAAUCUUGUGAAAGCACUGUAUAUGGGGGAAAAGGGGAGGGGUAAAGAUAGAUAUAGGAGAAUAAUACAUAACUCGCAGCGUAAUUGUGUUGAAUUGUGUAUAACAGUGGUCCAUGACUACUAGGCCGCUGUAGACGCUUAUAGUAACUUUGUGUUUACAUUCCACAACAACAGGGGCUGAAAUGAAUCGUAGCGUCGGUGUAACCCCUACUUGUCCGAAAAAUGGAAUGAGUUCUUUAAAGUGCACACCAGAUGUGUUGGACCUCCAUUUUAAGGCUUGGUUUUACCAUCUAAACCCUGAGCAAGAAGUGGCUCGAACCUGCACCGAUGCGCCUUACAAUAAUACACCAUGAGACGAUUUAGAAUUUAUCUCUCUUCAUACUUAUAUAUACAG